GGGCGCUAGCCGCGUUUCAAGAUGUCGUCCCGCGUAUACCCGCUGUACGUCAAGGGCAAUCCGCAGCUGCGGAUCUUCUUGCCAAACUUCUGGAUGAAGCUGGUGAAGCAUGAAAAGCCGCUUCCUCCCAAUGAGGUCAAGUUUGUCAUACCUGUCCAGAUGACAAAAUAUGAUGUCAAGAACUACCUGGAGAAGAUCUACAAGGUGCCCGUGGCAGACGUGAGGACGGCCAUAAUGCAAGGGAAAAUAAGAAAGGCAGAGGGAAAGAGCUACCUAGUCAAGGAAGACGACUUUCGGGUUGCAUUCGUGACAUUGCCCAAGGGAGAGACGUUCACCUACCCAGACCUCUUCGACAAGGUAGCAAGCAUUGAAAAGGAGAAGGCCCUCUCAAAGCAGAUGGAGGAGGCUGAAAAGAUGCAGAAGGUGUACCUCCGCAAGGACCCACAUAGGGAGGGCUUGCCCAACUGGUUCGGCAUCUGACCGACGACUCUGUCACGGUCGUUGCAGUUGUACUAUAGCAGGUUUUAGAAUACAUCUUUUUUUUGUUGAA